CCCUUUUUAAAUUGUAAAGUGUUCGUCGUUUUUGUUAUAGACGUCUCGAAAAUGACUGAGGUUUUGCGUGACACAUUUGAAAAGAAUUUUCCUAGGGUUGAGAAAGAUAUUAAAAAUGCUGCAUUUAUAGCAAUUGACACAGAGUUCAGUUGCCUAGUUUCUCACACUGAAUCCAAAUCCAGCCUUUUUGACACGGCCGAACAACGUUAUUUAAAGCAAAGAGAUAAUAUUUCAGAUGCUUUGCUGUUGCAAUUCGGUCUCACUGCCUUUAUUUUUGACCGAGAGAAAAAUGUUUAUGAAAGCCAUUCCUACUGUUUUUAUCUAUUCCCUCACACAUUUGGCUCCAACGAUCAGCGUUUUAAAUGCCAAGCAUCUUCUCUGGAAUUUCUUUGUCACCAUAAAUUUGAUUUUAACAAGUUUGUGUACAAUGGAAUUUCAUUUUUGAAUGAUGAACAAGAUAUCCGUGCCCAGCAAGAGUUGAAAGAUGGAGAUCUCUUACGAUCAGUUGAACGAGCUUUAUCUCAUGAAGACGAAGAAUCUGUUCAAGCAAUGUGCUCUCAGGUUGCUCUUUGGUUGGCUGGAGGUUUACCUGAAGCAGCCACUGAAAAGUCAAUAUUCCUUGAAGUCCCUAGGAGCUCACAAAGCUCACAAUGCAUUGCUUAUGUUGCUCAUCAUGAAUUGCGCAAGCGGUUUAUCUGCAUAUGGACAUUACCAGAAGAUGGAAAUAUAAGAGUUCUCAAAGUAUCUCCAACAGAAAGAGCAAUGAUGGAAAAAAAUCAUUCUCAUGAAGAUGAAUUGCAAAAUGCUGUCCUUCUUUCAAUUAGAGGGUUCACACGAAUUUUUAAGCUUUUAGUUCAGUUGAAGAAGCCAAUAAUUGCACACAAUUGUGUUCUAGAUCUCAUGAUAAUGCACAAGCAGUUCUAUUGUUCCCUUCCAAAAUCGUACCAGGCAUUCAAGAAUAACAUACAUUCACUCUUUCCAAAUGUGUAUGACACAAAAUAUAUGAGCUCUGAGUACCGGAAGAAAAUUGACAGAAGUGACUCGUGGAGCAACAAUACGUUACCUGGUCUUUAUAGAUACUUUGAUUUAGGAAGAGGUCAUAGUAUUGCUUCAUACAGUCCUAAAAUAAUAUCACAGGACUUUGGUGAUGAGGGUGAGCGAAAAUUUCAUGAUGCUGGCUGGGACUCAUAUUGUGCCGGUUUCUGUUUUAUUCGGAUGGCUCACUUUUUCGGGGUCAUGGAAAUGGGAGGGCUCAGUGCAGCCAGGCCUUUUACCAGCACAGAACAUCUUGCUCUUACUUCUCAUCUUGCCAACCGUAUCAAUAUUAUUCGUGGCAAUCUCACCCAUAUUGUACUUGAUGGUUUGGACCCACCUUCUCACAGACCUGAAAUAAUUGUUGUAAAAAGAAGAGAUGGUAAGGCCCUUGAUGCAUUAGAACUAACUGAAAGUCUAUCAAAGCAUGGUUCUGUUGAUGUGAAGAUGGUAUCAAACAAACUAGCAUUAGUUGCUGCAAGCACCAAAGGACAGGUGAUGGACUUAUGCCGAGAGUACUACAAGCAUCCUGAAUUAGCCCUAGUAAAAUACAAUAAAAUUCAACACGAUCCAUUCAUUUGGACUUCAACAUUAUGCAGCCUUGUGAUGUGUGCUGCCUUGUCAGGAAUCUUCAUUUAUCGUGUACUCAAGAACUAGUCUAUACCAAGGUAAAAUUUUCAUGCAAAGUUGUAAUUUUGGGGGUUAAAAUUAAUGUUUUUGUACCUGGACACAUUGUUAGUUUCUUUUUCUCUAACUUUUGUAAAACCUAGUUUAUAUUCAUGUUUUCUUAUAACAUUCCAAGAAUUGGUCCAAGUGUCAGUUCCUAUUUUCAAUAUGCACUGCCAUUUUAACUUUUAUAUAUUUUUUUUAUAAUGAUCUCGUGGGCCACCUGUCUCACCUCUCGCAACUGUUGCUCUUUUUUUUUAUUUAACAUUUUAUUUGAGUUAGUUUUAUCGAAUGAAAUUUGUACAUGAGCAUUUUGUCCAUUAAAAUAAGUGAAAGCUCCCCAA